AUGUCGAAGCAGCAGGCACUCAAACCGCAAUAUUUUGUUACCCGCCAAAAUGGUGCCAUGGUCCCUCUCAUUGCCAUGGAUGAGCUGCCGAUCCAUGUCCAGAUCCGCGGGGUCUCACGUAUCCUGGAUCCAUACGAUAUCGGCGGAAUGAUCUGUGCGGGCGUAUCCGAAUCUCGACAUCAAUAUUACGUCGUCGAAGCACUCAACAACACCAAACCUUUGGUCCUCGAGAGAGGCAAUGUAUCCGCAACUACCGGACAAAAGAUGACAGAGCCUGUGAAGACGGUCGCUCCAGUGGCAAGCACACAAAUGUUACCACCACCAAAGCCUGUUACACUAUCCUCGACCGCGCCACCAAAAGCAUUUGGGAUCGAGGAACGGCAACCGAGCGAUGCCACAAGCAGUUCAUGCACGGUAUCUAGUGUGUCGGGCGAUGGAGAAAGCAAAAUUGCGGAACGCGGCAACAACCAUAACGCUUCUCCCAAUGCCGAUACUUCCACUGCUAAAGAGACACAACAACGCCAGGACCAAGGCGACAUUGGUCAAACAAAGACUCCAGUCGGCAGCAAGGAAUACUGUUCCUUCUGGAUCCGUCGUGGUGAAUGUGACUAUGCUCAACAAGGCUGUGUAUACAAGCAUGAGAUGCCUCUCGACCUGCCCACUCUCGAGCGAAUCGGUCACCGUGAUAUUCCACGCUGGUACCGCGAGAAGUAUGCUUUAGGCAGUCUCCUUGUCGCCGGAGGAAAGAAUGGACCAAGUUUUGGAGUGGCCGAUCCCAACGCGACACAGCGGAAUUGGCGUGUCAGCGAUGAUGCGAAACGUAUGAUUUGCCACGGACUUGGGGUAUCUUCCGCCGGUCGUGGUGGAGCUCACAACUACAGAUACCGCAACAAGAACCACGCCUGUGCCAAAGACAGAAUCCCCGAAACGGAAAAGAAGACGGCUCCUACGUCGAAGGAAGACGAUAAGGAGAAAGAGCGGAGGAAAGAAGCUAUUGCCCUGAAACUGAACGAGAUUGAGGAGAAAGAGCGCAAGGCUCUCGCGGCCAAGUACAAAGUCCUCAGACCCGAUCAUCGUUCCAUCUUCGAUCACGAUCUGGACAGCGAGACAUUCAGCAACGGUGAAGCACCUAACGAUUUAAUGGCUCAGAUUCGUGCAAAGGAGCAGGCUGGAUGGGAAGAGGAAAAAGCAAAGGCACUGGCGGCCACUCUCGAUACCAGCGGAGAAAGCAGCAUAACAUCUGCCAAGCAAGCAGACUUGGGCAAAGGCAUGAGAGGUGGCAGACGCCGAGGAGGCGGCAGACGGAGAAGAACUUGA